AUGCAGCCCGACGCCAACGCUCCCUCCCACCGCCUCGCCCGCGUCGCCGCGCACCUGAACCCCCAGCGCCCGCAGAUGGAGGAAGGCGCGGGCGCGUCCGCGCUGAGGCCCGCGGUGUGCCGCGCCAAGGGCGGCGCGCCGGGGUUCAAGGCCGCGAUCCUGGGCGCCGCGGGCGGGAUCGGACAGCCGCUGUCGCUGCUCAUGAAGAUGAAUCCUCUCUUGUCCGUGCUGCACCUUUACGACGUCGUCAACACGCCCGGGGUCACCGCCGAUAUCAGCCACAUGGACACCAGCGCUGUGGUCCGUGGCUUCCUUGGGGCACAGCAGCUUGAUGCAGCACUUACAGGAAUGGACCUUGUAAUCAUACCCGCUGGUCUGCCUAGGAAACCAGGAAUGACAAGGGAUGAUUUAUUCAACAAAAAUGCUGGGAUUGUUCGUACACUUUGUGAAGGCGUUGCAAGAUGCUGUCCUUAUGCAAUUGUGAAUUUAAUCAGCAACCCAGUGAACUCAACUGUCCCCAUUGCUGCUGAGGUUUUCAAGAAAGCUGGAACUUAUGAUCCCAAGCGUCUUCUUGGAGUGACAACACUCGAUGUUGCAAGGGCCAACACCUUUGUGGCCGAAGUGCUUGGAGUUGAUCCAAGAGAUGUCAAUGUUCCUGUUGUUGGUGGGCAUGCUGGGGUAACUAUAUUGCCCCUCCUCUCCCAGGUCACACCUCCAAGCUCAUUCACUCAGGAUGAAAUCAAAUAUUUGACAGACCGCAUACAGAAUGGUGGCACAGAAGUUGUGGAGGCAAAGGCUGGAUCAGGUUCUGCGACUCUGUCAAUGGCUUUUGCUGCUGCAAAAUUCGCUGAUGCAUGCUUGCGAGCUAUGCGGGGCGAAGCUGGCAUUGUGGAAUGCUCAUAUGUUGCAUCCGAGGUUACAGAACUGCCGUUCUUUGCCACAAAAGUGAGGCUUGGCCGUGGUGGAGCCGAGGAGAUCCUCCCUCUUGGACCUUUGAAUGAUUUUGAGAGAGCUGGUCUGGAAGCGGCAAAGAAGGAACUGCGCGAGAGCAUUCAGAAGGGCAUCGCUUUCAUGAGCAAGUGA